UUACACAAAAAUUGUUUAAAAAAUUGUAUUUUUUACGCGAAUCGUUGUUGAUUAGAUAAAAAUUAAUCGAAAAAAAAUAUGACAAAGCCACAUAAUAUUAUCGGCUUUCUCGGCAGUGAAGCAGUUCAUCGCGAAGAUUGUCACAGGUUACCGUUCGAAAAACUCGAGCCUGCGGUGUCGACAUUGACGCACAUCCUCUAUGGACCGGCAUUUUUGGGUCCGAACAAUCAGUUGUUGCCGCAGCAUCCCGCAGAUGUCGAUUCGGAGAACAAAGAAGGCACUUAUCGCAAAGUAACGGCACUGAAAAAGCUCAAUCCGCACCUGAAAGUGUUGCUGAGUGUGGGACGUCGUGACUACGAUGAAGCCCGAUCGACACAAUGUGUGAAUUUCUUGGCAGAUAAGAAGGCGCGAGAGACUUUCAUUCAAGAAGCCCUCAAUGUCGUCAAGAAAUACGGAUUUGAUGGCAUCGAUUUGGCCUGGGAGUUCCCGCGGUACAAGAAAAAUCCAAUUUUAAGUUUCCUUUCGAGCGUUUUGGGUGCCGAAAACGAAGUAAAAUCGAAUUUCGUCUCUUUUGUACGCGAACUCAAAGUAAAGUUUGGAGAUUUGAUUGUCACAGUGACAGCUUUGCCAAAUCAAAAGUACAUUGAGGACUUUUAUGAUGUGCCAGCCAUUCAGCAACUCGUUCAAUUCAUCAUUGUAUCAACUUAUGACUAUUGCACGCCGAAGGAUAACCCAUUGACAGCUGAUUUUGCAGCCCCGCUCUUUACUCCGAAGAAUCGGAAGCAAAGUGUCGACGUGAGUGUCGCGAAAUGGCGUGCUGCGGGUGUUCAGGACAACAAACUCGUCAUUGGAAUACCGACUUUUGGACGUUCUUGGGUGCUUGGAGACAACAUGAUGACUGUCAAAUCUAUUAGGAUGGAGAAUCAAGAGCCGCCGUUCAAUGCAACUGGUCCAACUCCCCCCGGAAAAAGAUGCCAAAAAGAAGGACAAAUCGCUCUCGUUGGUGUCCGCGAAAGACUUUUAAAUCCCGCCAAUACCGAUAAAACUGAUGACGAAGCUCCUUUGCAAGAAUUUACAACGUUCGUACUUCAACACGGCGCUUAUGCAUUAAACACUAGCAUCCAAGGAGGUGACUUCAUAUCGUACGAAACUCCCGAAGAAACGACAAAAAAGGCGGAAUAUGUCCAACAAAAGGGAUUAGCGGGCGUUGCGUUGUUCAAUUUGGAAUUCGAUGACUUUAACGGCGAAAAAUACGUCGUCAAGUUUCCUCUACUCAAUGCUGUGUCCAAACAAUUUCGAUUGUGAACUCGUUGUUAAAAUUUGUGUUUUUAAAUAAAUCUGCUGAU